AAUACCUUGUUAUGGACAGGUAAUGUUCAAGUCAGCUUCGAUUCGAAGCUUGUAUGCUAUAAAUAAAUAUCUUUUAACACCUAGGCAAGCAUUCUAGUUGACAAUGAUCUGAAAUCGAUCAUUAACGCGCCGCUUCUGUCCCGUAGAGGAAAUUACAUAGAGGAAAACCUGACUAACAUCGAAACACGAUCUCACCAGUCCUGUUAAUAUUAAAAUUGUGGAUUUAAUAUAAAAAAAACUAGCUCCUGAUUGUAUAUGUUGUUUGUGUGCGUUUGAAAAAAAUGGGAACAUCGUUUCGAAAAAUUGUGUCAAGAAUUUGUCUGAUAUGUGUUUUAUUCGUUAUAUUUACAAUCGGUCAGGAUGAUGUUGAAGAAGCCAAAACAAAAGUUCAGAGAAGAAGAAAGAUAGAAAAGACAAACAGGCGGCCAGACGGCACGAAAUGCUCGUGCCCAGCAUGUAUGACUGGAAACAAAUGUUCAGAAUCAGUUAAAUCCAGAGAGCCGAAGUUUACGAACAGAUUUACGUUUGUCGAAGUAAACGCUGAGCAUUUUAAUUACGGCGUUCCCCUGCGUUACAACCAUACCACGUACCCAGGCGAUGACGAAUGUCCUUGCAGUGUGUUCGAAUACAGCAUUAUUGACGUCGAAGACGUCAUGACGCCGGAUAACCCCGACCGUUUUAACAUAUUUGAAAUUGAUAGUAAUACGGGUAAAAUUCGUCUGGCGCAGAAAAUACUUUCAUCGGAUCUGUAUCGCCUGACAAUACAAGUGAAAAAUCUUGACAUAAAUUUAUCUGAUAAUACUACGAUAACAGUUGCACGUGAAAAACCCGUGCAUGAUGAAUUGUAUUCAUUCGAGAGAGAAAAUGGGAACGGAUACCCCGAGGAACACAGAAUACAUAAAAGGUCGGUCAUACCUGACGAGAUGAAUUUCACACUAACACAGAACGAUCCAUCAAUCAUCAAUAUGCGAGUUGGUACACGAAUCAGCUUCACACUUGAUAUUCUAUUUCCUGGUGGCGAUACAGACAUCUCGGUUGAGUUAUUCACCCCUGACAGUACAACCACAGUCAUGAUCUUGUGUGAUGUUGCCGUCCAGUCUAUCGGAUUUAACCUGGCUACCGCAUGGAAUGAUAACGUGGUCUAUGAUAGCAAAGCAGGGUUCGAGACAUAUCAGCCUGACAUGGCCACACUAAACUUUGGUACGGUAACGAACAGCCAAGUCAAUGUCACCGACGUGGAAGCCAGCACUAUAACAAUCACUUACAGUGCCGUGAUGAUAGACAACCCGCUGACCCAGAACUCGGAAUACUGGGUUAGCGCUGGUGCAGAAUAUUUGAAUGAAAAUUAUAUCUGGGUGGGUUCAGCGUCUGUAACAGCUAUAAACGACGGAGAUCAGACUGUUAGCAAAGUUCCGACCUUCAAUGUGAAUAUGCCAACAAAUGUAGCACUUGGAAGCUCGCACCUAGUUCUUGUAGAAAUGUUUAUACCGUACCCGUACAGGCAAUAUGUAUUCAAGGCCUUUACUCCGGCUGACACUGUUGGUGUGAUGUCAGUUUGCGACAUUCGGUUUGAGGGAUUGGGUGACAAUUUCGGUUGCGGAAAUGACGAGAAUCAAAUAACACCAUCAACAGUAGAGGAUCCUCAAGCUGCCGGAAAUGCGAUUGGCGUCCUUGAUAUCGGGCAUUUAUUGAAUAAAGCCUCAAGAGAUGAUCCCUUGGUUAUAGUCGACGCUGACAAUAAGGCGUCAUUGACUAUGAUUCUACAUAUGUAUCCAGACAUGUCAAAAAUUGGACAGUUGUUGUCUGUAGGCUUAGCGCUUGAAAUUGAUGACACCACUUCUAUAUGGAUAGGGAGCUCAAAUUUUACAGUUGAUCCGCCGGUUACAACAGCCGAUGAUCUGACUGACAUCCAAUUUAACUCCGUGUCGUCAAGUCUUAAUUCAAAUUUAGAUGACGCAACUGUUGGUGUUCCAUUCUCAAUGACUUACGAACUGGAAGUCCCUCCUCCAACCACACCCAGUGUUGCCACCCAGUACAUUUUAGAAAUUCUCGCUCCAUUUGAUGGCACUGCCCCAAUUUUUUCUGUGUGCUCCUUUGAAGUGAUCAGUGUUGGACAAGAUAUGCCAUGUUUAGUGAAAGAGGAUUUGGUGACAGAAUACAGCUCAAGAGUUACCGGAGAUACCCCAUUGGAUGCCGACCGAGCAAAAAUCGAUCUUGGUUACGUCAUAAAUCUCGAGACAGCACCAGCUGCUGAUAGAAUGAUCACAGUUAAAGCGAUUUUAAAACCACUGGCGUCCAACAACGCUAACGCUGUAAAUUCCAAACACAACGUUAGUCUGACCGUAACAAGUGGGGGCUCAACUGUUCAACUGGUUGACUCGGAAAUAACGAUUGCAAAUCCAGCUACUGUCACAUCGGUUUCUAACACUACAGCACCUUCUUUUACCAUGUCAUUUUAUGACGGUGCAGAUACUGUGUCUGUAACGGGGUCAACAAAGGUCGUGGUUGACAUGGUAACUGCUAGAAAUAUCACCUAUGACAAGAUGGAUAUGGAAUUCUUGAUGCCGGUUGGCACCUUCGGGGAAGACAGUUACACCUAUUUCCACGUUUGUCGCGUGGAUAUUUCUUUCAACGGCAAGAACAUGCCAUGUAUGACACCGGAAUGGUAUGCCGGAAUGAUAGAGUAUUACUCCCAAUAUGACAAUUAUGAAAUGGAUCGGGCAAAGUUGAAUAUCGGUGGUAUGUGUAACCAUCAGUUUGUGGACGAUGCAUUGGAAGAUAAAACUUCGUUCGACAUAUACCUUAAAGUACUAGACCGUGAUGACCUCACACAUAUGACGUCAAAGAUGGUAUCAACCGGUCUUCAGUACUCCUCACAGAAUCUAUGGGUUGGACAGUUGCGAUUAAAUGUUAGCAGGGGGACAGCUAAUGAUAAUGUUACACCGACAAAGUCAACUUAUUCAAUAGCAACCAGAAACACAUCAGUUCCAAUACCACUUGGCUUUGCGGUAUCAUACAGUAUGUUGGUAAAAAUAGCGAGAGGUGAUAGGGCUCACAUCCGGGUACGAGCUUCAGCGCAGCAGGAAAUAGCGCAUAUUUGCACCGUUCGUGUAAUAAGCGCAGGAUCGAACCUACCGUGCGUCGCCGAUGAAGUGUUUAAGAAAACUUAUACCAAUUGGCCGAGCGGAAGUGGCAGGCAGAUCGUCGAGCUUGACAUGGGCAUUGUCAAUAAUUUUGGCUCAUCUGCGGAGAACAUGACGGCGAAUAAUUAUUUCGACGAGGACUCCAUGGUAAUUGAGACUCUGGUUCGAGCUAAUCCAUCGCUACCUGCUGGCACAGCCACUGUUACCAUAGAGAUAUAUUAUAACACAGAUAUGACCAUGAAGUCGACGUACUCAAUGACAGACUUUAUUUCUACCGAAAGUACAGCAGGCGUCAGUACGACGGUAACAGACGCUGUUGAAGUCGCUGCAAGCGUUGGUGAAAUCACUGGAAAUUUGGAUAACACAACCGAUAUCGCAAUAGGAGAGGUGAAACGAGUGCUAAUCACUGCUGUUAUACCUGAAGGCUCCAGCUACGACCUUGGAUUCUCAUUUUCAAUAACUUCUGCGUUUACGAACAAGCUAGAAAUCUGUGACGCGGCGAUCGUUUCUGUUGGGGACAAUCUUCCGUGUGUAGAUGUCUUAACUGAAGCUACAAUAACUUCAAGUGGCGGCGUGUUCAAUGAUUCGGCAAUGUUUGAUCUAGGAUUUUUGUGCAGCCGUGUUCUAAGGCCUGGAGACCGGAAAGCCAAUACGAUUGUCUUUGAAGCGUAUGUAAGGCUUUUAGAUAAUGGUCAGGCUGCAAUCGGCGAAACAGUGACAGUCACUACAGCAAUGAGAACGUUUUUAAACACAGUUACAAUUGACACUGUAGAUUUUACUGUGACUGAUCCAACGGGGUUUGUUGACAGAGUGUUUGAUUCUGUCAUAGAUAGUGUUACGAACGAGACUUUGAUAAGUCUGGACAAAAUCAGCCCACUUCUGAUGAAUAUUGCGGAGAACGUUACCAUCAAAGCUAAUAUUACCGUCCCUAAACUAUCUGUAUCUAAGUUCCUGCUUGAUGUCGAUCUACCCGUAGAAGACUCGGCGUGCCUGACAAUCUCUGAAAUUCGUAUCAUUGGUUCAGUCGGGCGGAAUGUACUGUGUGUUCCACCAGAUGUCAAUUCUAAAGGCAUCAUGUAUACACCAAAUUAUAAUGCUACAAAGGGAAACGGCCAAAAGAAUUAUGUUUAUGUUGAUAUUGGGAUAGUGACAAACACAGGAUUGACCCAUCGCCGAAAAACUUUUAUGCCGGGUGAUGAUGACCUUGUCGUGGAAUUUGACAUCCAGAUGGCAGAUUGUGCGAGCAGUGACAACGGCAAAAUCUAUAAGCUUAGUAUAGGGAACAAACUUGCUACCGUAAUUUUCAUUUACGAUUUCGACAUUCAAGUAGUGAGGGAUGGUACCGAGAAACCGGAUAUCGAUUUUAUCGUAGGUGUUGGGGCUGCUUCAACCAGCACCGAAAUUAUCCUUCAAGGAAUUGUUUAUCACAAUGAAUCUUCAACUGCAGAAGGCAAAAACACUAGUUUCUUCCUCUCACUUCCGGUUUACCAGCAGCUGGCUCCCAGCGAUCUUACAAUAACCAGUAACCAGACAUGUAGCGGGGUUUCUUAUUCCGACAAUACUCCACUAUUACAUAUAAACUGUGAUAACUUUUUCUUUACUGACGUAUUGACGUUUGAAGCGAGAGUUUUGGUAAACAGUUCGGUCAUUUUACCAACUGGAUUUAGCGCAUCUGAUUCUGGGGCACAAGGUUGGGCUAUUACCCAAUAUGUCAGUCGGUAUACUACGUACGACGCAGAAGACUGGUUUCCUUACGUCAUUUCCGGUGAAAUUGAAGUAACGUACAGCGUAGAAGCAGGCAUAGCCAUGAAUGAUAUGAUUGCAUUUGGACUUAGCAAUUCCGCAAUUGUGACAGAUUGCCAAUUUUUAAGUACUAUUGGAAACUCCGGGACAGCUUCGAAUGCCAGACUAAACAAUGCUGGGGCUUGGAGUCCAAUUGCUCGGGAAAACAAAUUUGCGCAAAAUCGUUACUUGGUGGUAUACCUAGGUACUGAGCAUAAGUUCUCAAUGAUGGCAAUACAGCAGAACGAGGGUCAUACGGACACCGUCACGGAGGUGACAUUGGAGUAUACUUUCGAUGCACUGUCCUGGUUCGGAAUUGAAGUUGUAUCUCUCGGUGUAUCACCGUCUGAUUUAGAAAAUAAAACAUUGACCGGAAGAAUUGCACGUGGUGUUAGAAUUAGUAUAACAGACGACACGUCUAAUGGCGUGUUUGCUGACGUAGGAGUCAAGUUUGAGUUUUAUGGACAAAAGUUGACGUCAGAUGUUACACAACAAGAAGCUUGCGAUACUUUAACAGCUAGUCAAAAGCAGUCACCAUCUGGUUACCCUGCCUUCAAAACGCGAAGUUUUGUUGAGGAUCCAUUAACAGGAAAUGCCUUUGUUUGUGAUCGAAAGCUUGGCAGUAAAACAGAUGACACUGAGUGCAAGUCGAGUGUUGAUGGUACAACAUGGUCCAGAAUGGACAAAAGGGUGGCCUGCAUGAUAGGUUUCGAACACGCCACUACUCGACUGUACGCGUAUGCUCAAAACAGGAGAACCAUUAUAAUGAGUGAAGGGGCUGGCCCGUGGCGUAGUGUGCAAUACGACAUUUACGCGACAGACUUGGCCAAAACCACGUGGACAAACGCAUUAGGCGUCCCGGAAAUAAUAAGUCUAGAGUUAGACAGAACAACACCACAUAGCAUGUACAGAAUCAUUACAUGGGGAGCAACAAAGUACGGCAUGUAUAAGAACAACGUACAGAAACUGACAUGGGCUGACAGUGUAUAAUGAUUUCAGUGUCACUGGUGUAUUUAUUAUUGCAAAGCGAUAAAUGACGCUUUGUUGAAAGAUCGAACAAUUCUUGUACCAAAUCAAUUUUUUCUCUUCAUAGAAAUAUUGACAUUGUAGAAAUAUAUUUUUUUGUUUAAUUGCCGAUCGAAAUGUUUCGUUUAUAUUUGAAUUGCAUGAUCGAACACUUUUUUAUAUAAAAUACAGCGGAAUGUGUACAAGCCAUUUUAAAUUGUACUACUAACAUUCAUGUGGCUUUUCUAUAGUCCGGUAAAUAUACAAAGCUAAUGCUUUGUCAUUUUGGACUUGAUUACUUAAAAAGGUAGUAACAACAGCAAAAUGAUUUUCUCUACUUUAGAUUAUUUGUGUUGCAUUUCUGUAGCAAUUAUAUUGUAUCAUGUUUUGUUAAUGAUCACAUUUUAUAUUUGUUUACGAACAAAUAGUUAAUAAAGAAACUUUACGGACGGAUGUCUAUAUAUUAAUGUUUUAAGUCUCAGGACUAUGUUAAUUUCCGUACAUUAUCUGUUUGGUAAUAAUAAAGAAUUGUUUACAAGAUAAAUAUGUAUACCAUUUAUAUGAGUCAAAUUUCCGUCAACUUUUGUUAUCUAAAUUUUCAGUCUAUUAGUGUUCUGCCCUUUUGUUGUUAUACCUUUACGUCAUUAAGGAAUUCACUUUCUUAUUUUAGAUUUGUUGCAACCUUUAACAUUAGUGUUUAAUAAAUGUUUUACUCUUGAAUUUUAAAGUAUUGUGUAGACCUUUGUAAUAUAUUCAAUGUUAUCAGUUAUUUAAACCAGUAUUUCAUUCAACGAAAUUCACAAUUUCAUUCAGGACUGAUCUAAUUUUUUUGACGUCAUAUCGAUUUUAUCAUUUGUGACGUCAUUCUAGAAAAGGCAAGUAUUUCAGACAAAUGCGUUCUAACAUUAAAUUCAAUUAUUUAUUUCUAUGAAAAUAAUAUCUACGUUCAAAUUUUUUAGCAAUCGUUUAUAAAUGUAGUAGGCAGUUAACCGAACCUUUCCGAAUAUUUUAUAAACAUAUACAUUAUGAUUUAAACAACGACCACUAAGGUCUGCUUUAAGUUGAUUUUUUUGUUAAUUAAGAACCGUAUAAAACUGGAUAUGACUUAUUAUUACAAAUGUUUGAAAUGUUUUGAAUUUUGGCAGUUCCAUAACAUGAGCGUAAAUUAUUAUUUUUAUUUGUUUUCAAAACUGUUUUUAAGACUUAUAAAUUCUACUUAGAAAUAAUUAUAGGCAGCUAAAUGCAAUAGAUAACUUCUGUCAGAUAUAACUCCUGACCAGGUCAUUCAUGUAUCACUUUGAUAUCGACUACAGCAUUGCAUAACUAUUGUAAGUUGCGUGGACUAAUUUUCUGGAAUGUCUUAUGUCUUUAGUUGAAUAUAUUUUUCUUCUUUGUCUGUCCUUGCAACGUCAGUUAGUCAAUUUCCCUAUAUGAAAAAAAGCAGAUUUAGAGCAAAAUAACACAGGAAAUUAUAUAUUUUUCAAAUAAUACUUGUCUGUGAUAUAAAUCGUUAUCAUCUGUUCUUUAGAGAUAAAUUAGUUUAAAUGUAAUUUUAACUGAAUAAAUUUAUCCAUAGUUACCAA